CUUGCCAUCUCAUCUCAUUUGCUUUUUAUGGCCGACUGCUAUUGUUCCCAAAGCGAGCUCAGGUUUCAAAGCGGCCCUUCGGAGCGCUGGGAAUGCAGGAAAUGGACGAUCAACGACCCUACGUUGACCAAGGGACGCUGCGCUUGGACUGAUCAUGAUGGAUAAUGGAUAAUUUAAGCAGAGAUGACUUUUAUUGUUCCAGGACAAAAGCUGUCAACUCUUCAGCAUUUCGUCUUUGGAACGACGUCGAGAAUACUUUAGUCGACAAUACUUUAUUAACGUAACCACAGAUCGUUCGAUACCUCAACUUCGUUCUUCUUUGCAACCACAACCAACUACCCAGUAAUUAUUAAGCACUCAACACAGCACACAGUACCUUGGUAUCUCAACAUCCCACUUUUAUCACUAUGCCCUCUUUCAUGUCACCUUCCUCUGGGGUCUCUAUCCUGCCGGAUAUGCGACCACCAAAAUCGCCACGCCGGUUCUUCACCUUCUCCAUCUCAAGCUCAAGCCUGCCACCACUUCCACCCCUCACUCCUUCUGUCUCGCAUUCUUCCAGAGGGAAUGAUCACUCAAGUAAUGGCGUGACGGUCGUACGAACUCCACAAGAUGCAGCUGGAGGCAUGAGGCAAGCCGCCGGGCUCAUUUCACCUCCUUCCAACCAAACUCCACUCCCUCCCGUCCCACCUCUUCCAUCCCUUUCUUCUCUCCCAAAUCUUGCUUCUCAGGCCAGGUAUCCGCAACCAUCUACUGAUACGCACACCCAUGGGUACCGUCACCAGCCUUCAAAGUCCGUUGAUAACUCCAAUAUCUAUGCUUCUGGCAAGCUCGAAAGAAUGGGAGUGCAUAGAAGUACAAGUGCUCGAGAUGAUCUGCGAGGCGGUCUUAAUAAGAGCACAAGGGGGCUAGUGAAAAGUCCGAGCGCAGCACCAGUUCUUGGGGAGCGAAAUGAAAGCGAAGAAAGUGAUAGACUCGGACCUAUGCCAACAACGCCGGGUAGACCUUUGAGAGGGUCAUCGUUUCUUUCGCCUGGUCAUUCCAAGUCUCAAUCUACCAGCGCUAGCUAUGUAAGCUCAUCAUCUGCGUCAUUCCACUCGCGAUCCAAGUCCGUUGCUCGUUCACCUCGAACGUCUACUACGACCACGAGCUCGACAUCGCCAUCCAUCUCCACCGCUCCACUCUCUUCUCCUGCCAAGCGACCGUCCUUGAUCUCAAAUCGAUCGACAGUGAAACCUCCUCCCAGAUCCUCAUCUUUGCCUAGGAUUGAUACCCCUUUCAGCGCUGCCCUUCUUUUGUGUACCCGUAAAUCGCUUCCCAAGCUGUCGUCUGGCGAGCAGGACAGUAUUACGCUGAUCAACAUUGAAUUUGCAUACUCUUUUGCGGAUCCUCCCAGAAAUGAGAGUGUGACUUUGCCCUUGGAAACGCUCAAGAAGGGUGGAGGGAAGCUUUACGAUUGGGUGGUGGACUGCUUAAAAACACAGGAGUAUGAAGAAGAGAAGAAGGCUGAGGAAAAGGAAGCGAUACGAGAGGAGAAAAAGUUGCCCGAGAUGACUGAUGGCGAGAGUGCGGAGGAAAGUGAUUGGGAUAGUGAUGGCGAUCUUAGCGCUUUGCUUCGAGACGAAUACUUCAAAUCACUGAUCGUCUCAUCGUCCUCCCCAGCAUCACACACAACCCCACUUCCUUCUAUCUCAUCUCCACCCACCAAGAUUCUUGACCUCCCUCCUUUUGCCAAUGAUUCCAAAUCACCUGCGCUCCCCAAGCCUCCCAAAACAACGCCAGGUUACAAACGAGCGCAGACUAGAAAUCAGUACACUCAAUUAGUUAGCAAGCCGCGUGUACCCGGUAAUGCUAUCGAGCCUGCCGUCCCUCCUUUGGCGUAUGCUGCAGCUUCCCCGACAGGGUUGACUCUACCUCUUAACGUUAAGCGAAAGGGUAGCCGUCGUCUCUCGAUUUCCCAUAUCAGCCAAGAAGCUGAGGCUUCUACACCCACCAAGUCGAAGAAAGAAGGAGUUUUUACCGAAAUGAGAGUUUUCCUCACCCGCGAGGCGGGAGUUUAUCACCAAAUCUCCCAUAGACUGAUCUCGGGCCAGUGGAACGUCUGGGCCAACAUCGGCGGUAGAGAAGCUAGAGAGAGAGUUGAAGCAGAGCUUGAAUGGCUGGGUAUGGCUGAUCUCUUACAAGAGAUGAGGAGACCCACCCUUGGCUUGAAUCCUAGUCGAAGCCAGAGUAAAGACCUGAACCUCGGUUUGGGACUGGGGCUCGGAGGGCAGGAGACGGGGAGGGUGAACGAGAUGCUGAUUGACGAUUUUGGUACACCCGAAAGACCUGUUAAGUCUGAAAGACGAACGGAGGGUAUAAAAACGCUUUGUGGAGAAAGGAAAUUGGAAGGCAAGUGGAGGGAAAGGGCGAGAGAGAAGAGCCUGGUGCUUCGCGGUGGUUACAUUUAGUUUAAAAUUUAAGUAGUAGCAUCAUGUAGCGUACAUGCGAAAUAGCUACCUGAAUG